AUGCAGAAAGCCGCAGAUGCCUCCGAAGCAACUACAGCUGCACCCGAAGCAAUCCUCGAAUUGGCGACUAAGUUCAAGCUAGCGGUGAAGGACAACAUUGCGACCCAAGGGCUGCCGACAACAUGCUCCUCCGCCAUCCUCUCCUCCCACAAAAGCCCCUACGAGGCCACCAUAGUGCGCCAGCUCCGAGAACGAGGUGCUCAAGUCGUAGGGAAGACAAACAUGGAUGAAUUUGGCAUGGGAUCCCACUCGCUGAACUCAGUCCACGGGCCUGUGCUCAACCCGCUGUCUGCGACGCCCACCUCUGCUGGCGGGAGCUCAGGAGGCAGCGCGGUUGCGGUUCAGACUGGUGAAGCGGACGUCGCGCUGGGGACGGAUACGGGCGGGUCAAUUCGUCUUCCUGCGGCGUACUGUGGUGUGGUCGGAUACAAACCUUCCUAUGGCAUGCUGUCAAGGUUCGGGGUUGUUCCGUAUGCAAACUCAUUGGACACCGUUGGCCUGCUUGCUAGGGAUGUUGACGUUAUCGAGAAUCUGAUGUUCAGCACGGGACUGGACGCGGAACACGACUCCCAGGACCCGACAUCCUUGUCAGAGAGCUUCCGGAAGAAGCAGCAGAGCCAAGCUGCAACUGGUCGGUCACGGCUUCGAAUCGGCAUUCCCCUGGAAUACAAUAUCGAGGAGCUGGACCCCGAGAUCAAAGCAGCCUGGUCUGACGCAUCAGACCUCUUACAGAAGUCCGGCAUAGAAGUGGUUCCAGUGUCAUUGCCGUCCACAAAGCACGCUCUAUCAGCAUACUACGUCAUCGCACCGGCAGAAGCAUCCUCCAACCUCGCCAAAUACGACGGCGUCCGCUACGGCACCCGUGGCGACGACAGCGAUGGCGCUGGCGAGGUCCUCUACUCCAAGACUCGCGGCCUUGGAUUCGGCGAGGAAGUCAGACGCCGCAUUGUCCUCGGCGCCUACAGCUUGAGCUCCGAGGCGAUGGACAACUACUUUAUCCAGGCACAGCGGGUGCGCAAGCUCGUCCAGCGAGAUUUCGACCGCGUCUUUAGGCUGGAGAAUCCUCUCUACGACGAACAGCAGUUCGACUUGAGCGACAUGAAGGACGAGGUCGAGCUCCAGGAUAAGCUUGGCCCUUCGCAGGUGGACUUCUUGCUGUGUCCCACUGCGCCGACAUUUGCGCCGCGUAUCGAGGAUAUCAAGCGGCAGACACCGGUCCAGGUGUACAUGAAUGAUGUCUUUACCGUGCCGGCUAGUCUAGCUGGACUACCAGCCAUCAGUAUUCCUACCAAGAUCAAGGCCGAGGAUGGAGAGGUGGACGGUAGCCGAAAUGUGGCGGGUCUCCAGCUGAUCGGUCAGUACUGGGACGACAAGCGGUUGCUCAGCGUGGCCAAGAAUCUCCUGCGUCAAUUGUCCGCCUGA